GGCACCGCCGUGGAGCAGAGGCUGCUGCAGAGCGAGCCGUCCUUCUCCCGGAGCUUGUCGACGAGGCUCCAGGGCGAGAGGACGCCGUCGAGGACCGGCACCUGGACGCCGAGCCGGCGGCCGAGGCAGCCGCGGCAGGGCACUCCGGGCGCCCGGGCGGCGGGGCUCGCCGAGGAGCUGGUGUGCCGAUCGACGUCGUCGGGCGUCAUCGAGGCGACGCCGUCGACGCUGUUCGGGGCGGAUGUCUUUUCGCCGUCACGGCGCGCGAGCUCACACGCGGAGACGGAGGACGAGGUGGCCGUCCUGGUGCCCGGGGACAGCUUCGGGGAGCUGGCGGUGCUGUACCACCUGCGCCGGGAGGCCACCUUCCGGGUCCGAGAGGAUUGCGUACUCUUCGCCAUCACCAGGGCAGAGUUCAUGAGGUGGUGCCAGCAUCACCACCGAAAGAUCACGGAGUACGUCAAGGUCCUCGAUGAGGUGCAUGCCCUGCAGUCUCUCCUGAGCUCCGAGAGGUACGAGCUCGCCUGCCACGUCCACAGCGUGGUGGACUUCAAGCCAGGGGAGCGAAUCCUGCACCAGAACAAGGAGAGGAAGGCGCGCCAGUGGUACGUCGUGAGCAGAGGAGGGGCGGAGCAGCACAUGCUCAAAGAGGCUCCCGACGGCACGCAGGAGAAGGUGUGGCUGGCGGAUCUGCGCAGAGGGAGCCAUUUCGGCGAGCGAUCGUUGUUGCGCGGCGACACUUUCUCCCAGUCCAAUGUGGACACGUGCGAGGGCGGAAUGACUUGUCUCGUGUUCGAGUACGUCGUCGUCGCCGAGAUCCUGGAGAAGGUCUUCAGAUCGCCAGGCGGAGAGCUGCCCAGCCCGGACUGCCCGAUCCAGGAGUGGUGCCAGCGCCUGGCAGAGGGCUGGAACAAUCACCACACGGAGGCCAUCGGGGUCAAGAAGCGGGGGCAGACGGUGCAGUUCGAGAAUUUGCGGAAGAGGUGUUGCCUCGGCCGGGGCGGGUUCUGCAAGGUCGCUUUGGUGGAGGACGUGAGCAGCAAGAAGCGAUACGCGCUCAAGACGAUGUCUAAAGGAUACCUGUCGGAGUGCGGCGCGGAGAGGCAGAUCCGCUGGGAGCGCGAGCUCCUCUCCAUCGUGGACAGCCCCUUCAUAAUUAACCUGCACAAGACAUUCAUCCUGCACGUGUACUUCCUGCUGGAGGCCGCGCUCGGGGGGAGCCUCGCGGACGUGGUGGCCGACAGGCCGGAGGUCUUCCUGGAGGACCGCCCGAGGGGCUCCGCGGCGGCCUUCUACGUCGGCUGCCUGGUCUUGGCCCUGGAGCACCUACACACGCGAUCCAUCGCGCACCGCGACGUCAAGACGGAGAACGUGCUGCUUGACGAGAAUGGUUACGCAAAGCUGUGCGACAUGGGCUUCGCGCGUUUCGUGCUGGGUAAGACCAGCACGCUGGCGGGCACCCCCGAGUACAUGGCCCCAGAGAUGAUCGAUUUUCCCCACACCCACGACCAGUCCGUGGACUGGUGGGCCGUCGGCGUGCUGACUUUCGAGCUCCUGUCUGGGCAGACGCCCUUCGAGGACGAGGGCAUCACGGAACCCCGUGGGCGGCUGCUUGCCAUCAGGCGCAGCCAGGAGCCCAGCAGGCCGAAAGUCGUCUUCUUGUGUCCGCUGGUCCUCUUGGAGUCCUUCUGA